AUGUUGACCAAGGUGCGUGACACCCCCGAGAAGGAAGAAACGGUGAGAACAGCAUCACCAGAGAACGGUCAUGGCCCGUGCGACCCACUUGAUGUUGAUCUCCCCAUCAGUGCAUCCCUCUUGAGCCGAAAUCUUCUUCUGUUUACUGUGCUGAAGACAAUUGGCUCGUUUGACUCCGGUGCCUUCAGUGCGGCACUCGGUGCAGAGAACGGCAUAGCGGAGGAAUGGGGUCUGAGCACUGUGCAACAGGGGACACUUAGCUCUAGUGUGUUCCUGGGCAACAUCCUCGGAUGUCCUCUGUCUGGAAAUCUGUUCACACGAUACAGCGCUAAGGCAGUGUUGGUGUGGUCCCUCGUUCUGCACACAGUCUUUACGUUCAUUUUUGCAACGUUGACGGAUUACACAGUCGCCUUAUUCUGUCGUUUUCUCAUUGGUAUUACGCUAUCGUUCGUAAUCGUGUAUACACCGGUGUGGGUGGAUGCCUUUGCGCCGCGUGACCGUCAGUCAGUGUGGAUGGCCUCUCACAAUGCAGGAGUGCCGCUUGGCAUCAUGAUUGGGUACUCCUUUGGUGCCUUUCUCCCGUCUUAUACGAAUAUAAAUUGGGAAUGGGCAUUCUACAUCAAGUGCAUCAUCACUGUACCGGCUCUGGGGUACCUCAUGCGGGUAGACAAGCGUUCCAUUGAUUGGCGCUGUACAGACAAGGAGGGUGUCACACCUGCUGUUACAGCGACAGCGCCACCAAGUCGACGCUCGGCCGAACGCAUCUUUAACGUGCUUCAUAGUAAUAUGCUAUACCUCUGGCGCACAUGUGCUCCUCUCAUUCGCAAUACAGAGUACAUGUGCAGCGCGCUGGCUAUGUGUUCCCUCUACUUUGUUGUGACAGGUCUGCAAAACUUUGUGACGCAGUAUCUUCGUGCGGAUCCGUUCAAUGCAUCCAUGAAGACCAUCAUGAUAGGGUUUGGUGGUGCGGUGGUGACCGCACCCGUCUUUGGUGUCAUAACGGGUGGUGUUCUCCUUGAUCGCAUUGGCGGCUACCAGCGGAACCUGCGGCGAGUAACGAUGUUUACCUGCGUAUGGGGUGCAGCUGCCGCUUUUUUUAGCGUCAUGUGCAUCUUUGUCAGAGACACCAUGACGUUUCUGUUCGUCAUUUCAAUUGUAUUGUUUUGCGGUGGAGCCAUCAUUCCGCCGGUGAGUGGAACAGUGAUGUCAUCUGUCCCAGAGAAGCUCCGCCCCGCUGGAGCCGCCAUCUCGCAAAUGAUGUACAAUCUUUUAGGCAACUUCAGUGGCCCGAUGGUGUGCGGCUUAGUGGCGGACUGGACGGGCGAAUUGAAGUAUGGCAUCUACACUGUUCUCUGUUGUAGCGUGGUGGGUAUGUUGCCGAUGUUAGUGCUGCUGCGUAAGGCGUAUAGCAUGCCAGACCCCUUGGCGCAGUCGUCGCGCGAGCGCGUGUCGCGUCCGCAUCAUGCGGGCACGGCAGAAGAUGUGGUGCUGGUGUCUGUGGAUGCGGAGCUGAACGAUGCGGGGGCGAUGAAAUCGGAGUCGCCACGCAUAGCGCUGCAAGAUGAUGACAUCCCACAGUACAACGGGAGUAUCACCACUCCCAAAAACAGCAGCAACGGUGCACUGUUCACCACAUUCCCAGCGUCCCCCUCACCACCGAAUAGGAUGCUGCUAACAGUGCCGUCCACGGCGCCAACUGACGCAGGAAGAACGGUAUCAGCAGCAGCUCCAAUAGUUAUUCCGAUGUCAUCCGCUGCCGUAGUCGAGAGCGACCGCACGCCGCCAUUGCCAGGAUUCUUAAGUGCAGAGAACACAACGCCAAAGUCACCUGGUUUUCCUCAAUGCAUAGAGGAUAGUCACAAUAGGAACCGUUAUUCGGCGCACGAUUACGAUGACAACAGCAAUGAUAGCGAGGACCCUCUGGAUUUUGAAUCGGAUGCCGCACAAAUGAUGUCGUUCCCCAACCAGCACAACUUCGGGCUCGAUAUGUUGCGCUCAUGGUUGAACAGCACAUCUCGGCGGCGCAAUUCAUCUUUGCGGAGUAGUGCGAACGCGGUGCAAUCGCUGCUAGAGGAGGUGUCGGAAAUUGGCAACGUCGAUACUCCGCAAGACGUUCACUUCAGCGGGAGUGAACUCAACGAUGCCAGUGGCACCUUCGUGGCAUUGCCACAGCCGCCGCCGCCGCCGCAGCAGCAGCAGCAGCAGCAGCAGGGCACCGAGAGACGGGAAGAAGGGCAAUAA